AUGAUCAGCUUCGGCAGAGCAGCAGCAGAAGAAGGUGACUUGUCACUGCCAGUGGGGUUUAGAUUUCGUCCCACAGAUGAAGAGCUGGUGGACUACUAUUUGAAGAAUAAGGUGCAGGGCACGGAUUUCCAUGCCGAAGGCAUCAUUGAUGAAAUUGAUAUCCUCAAGUUCGAGCCAUGGGAUUUAGUUGCGAAAUCGUUGAUGAAGCCGGACGAUGAGAACGGGUUCUUCUUCAGUCAACCAGAGACUCGAGACAUGAGAAGAACCGUCAUCGGCAAAAAGAGGAUUCUGACCUUUUACAUAGGUCAUGGUCGCAAUUCCGACAAGACCGACUGGGUCAUGCAUGAGUAUUAUAUCCCUAAAGCCCAUGCCAACCAGAGGGACUUCGUUCUCUGUCACUGUCACUUGAAGAAAAAUGUGAAAAAAUCAGAUGAGAUUCAUACUGAUGUUGCAACAACCUGUGAUGAAGGUGAGCCUAGUACUCACAAUGCAUCUGAUUUCGAACAUCCACCAGCACAUGAUAUUCUAGAGGAAUAUGUUGAUUACAAUGCGUUGCAACCUGCAUUUGCAGCAAAUGACUCGGAUGUUGAAUUCGCAGAGUUCUUAGAGACGGUUCUUGUUGAACCAGAUGGUGGAGUAACCAGUGACACAGACAUGGAACCAUUCCAUGGACAUGGACAGGCAGAAAUGCUUAGUGAAGUAUUCUAUGGUUCGAGCCUGCCCAGCCGAGAUACAGGUGGCAUAUUUCGUAACCAGAUCUCCCCACAGGCUGCUUCUUCUGUCAAUGUAGCACCUAAACCUCAGACUGAUCGAGUUCAAUUAAAGUCUGAUACAUCUCAAGGAGCACGCGGACCACGACACCAACCUGGUCCCAUCAUUGAUACUUCCGCUGACGAAUAUUAUACAAAGGAAAAAACACGCCGAAGAACAAAUCCACCAGCAAAGCCCAAACAACCUGCAUAUCGUCGAACUGCUGCUGAUUUGCCCCAGAAGCAGAUCUCUCUAACAAAUUCUAGCCAAGACAAGAAGGUGGCUCAGGGCAAAAAUGCAGAAAAGGGUAUGGAGCAGACACAGAAUAGAACAACCGUCAGCAAUUGGAAGGGUUCCUUCAUUACCUGGCAAACACCCUCGUUGACAACAAGUCCCCCAUCAGCCUACAUUUCCAACAUUUUUCUAGGCCUUUCUUUGUUCUAUUUUUGUGUCCGGGAAGUAGUUUUAUUUGGGGAGUGGAGCUAA